AUGGCUGCCCCAGUCCCAACCUUUAAGCUUGUCCUUGUCGGUGACGGUGGUACUGGAAAGACCACCUUCGUCAAGCGCCACCUUACUGGCGAAUUCGAGAAGAAGUAUAUCGCAACUCUCGGUGUCGAAGUGCACCCUCUUAAUUUCACCACCAACCUUGGACAAAUCCAGUUCGACGUGUGGGAUACUGCCGGCCAGGAGAAGUUCGGUGGUCUGAGAGAUGGAUACUAUAUCAACGGCCAGUGCGGUAUCAUCAUGUUCGAUGUUACCUCCCGUAUCACCUACAAGAACGUUCCCAACUGGCACCGUGAUCUCGUCCGUGUCUGCGAGAAUAUCCCCAUCGUGCUGUGCGGCAACAAGGUUGAUGUCAAGGAGCGUAAGGUGAAAGCCAAGACCAUCACCUUCCACCGCAAGAAGAACCUCCAGUACUACGAUAUCUCCGCUAAGUCGAACUACAACUUCGAGAAGCCCUUCCUCUGGCUUGCUCGGAAGCUGGUCGGCAACGCCACACUGGAUUUCGUUGCUGCCCCUGCUCUUGCUCCUCCUGAGGUCUCGGUCGACCCGGAAGUUUUGAAGCAGUAUGAGGCGGAUAUCGUAACUGCCUCGGCCCAACCUUUGCCCGAUGAGGAUGAUGCCGAUCUGUAA